CAUCCCUCACGCAGGCUACCUCUGCCUUACUCUCUCUCUCUCUUUCAGGUUCAAAUUUAUUGUCUCAGUCGCCCCUUCCCUCAGGCCUCUCUCAUUCAUUCAUUCAGGCGGUUCACUAUUACUGCAGCAGUCACACAAGGAUCGUCGUUCACGCCUCACGCUCACCAUUCGCCUACCACGGUGGCUCUAUUAGGCGAUCUGGUUUCCCGUCCUCAACUCAGUCCCAUCCUUUCUCAUUCUCGGCCACGGCAAAUAUCUCCCAAGCUCUUCAAGUAAAUAGAAGAGGUAAAACACAAAUCUUGAAAGGAAGCUAGUUGAGCUCAAGUCAGAGUCAAGACAAUCAACAGCAUAAUUUAGAAGUUUCCUCGGUGCAAAGAGGAAUUGAAAAAAAAAAAAUUAAGAUAUGUGUUUGAACAAUAUAGGCUGAGUCUGAAAACGACGUUUGGAAGAGAAGAGCAAGAAAACUCAAAAAGAGAGUAGCAGAGAUACUACACCUUUAGAGAGAGAAAGGGAGUCGCUGCGAAUGGCUGGAACAACUCCGACUACAUACUCUCCAUUGCUGAAGACCCAGAAAAAGGGUUCCAAAAACAACGACGUGGAUUGGGUCCGACCUGAUGGCCGUGAUUUUCACCAAUGCAGACUUGCCUUUUUCAGGACUGGGGCUGUAAAUGCUGCUGCUGGAUCUGCUUAUGCAGAGUUUGGGAAUACAAAGGUCAUUGUGUCUGUAUUUGGGCCAAGAGAGAGUAAGAAGGCAAUGAUGUACAGUGAUAUUGGAAGAUUGAAUUGUAAUGUGAGCUAUACGACUUUUGCUACUCCAGUACGUGGACAGGGAUCCGACAACAAGGAAUUUUCUUCAAUGCUUCAUAAAGCUUUGGAAGGUGCUAUCAUUUUGGAAACCAUCCCCAAAACAACUGUUGACGUUUUUGCAUUGGUGUUGGAAUCUGGUGGCAGUGAUCUGCCUGUUGUAAUUUCAUGUGCUAGUGUAGCCCUGGCAGAUGCAGGGAUAAUGAUGUAUGACCUUGUAACUUCAGUUUCAGUGUCUUGUCUUGGAAAAAACCUCAUAAUUGACCCAGUUUUGGAAGAGGAAAGCUCCCAAGAUGGAAACUUAAUGAUAACGUGUAUGCCUACUCGAUACGAGGUCACUCAGCUUACUAUCACAGGGGAAUGGUCAACCCCAAAAGUUAACGAGGGAAUGCAGCUAUGCCUGGAUGCUUGUUCAAAGCUUGCGAAGAUCAUGAGAACAUGUUUGAAAGAAGCUGCUUCCGCUUCUGAUGAAUAGCAUGAAAAUUUUAUUUCAUUUCAAAUUGUCAUUUUGGUUUCCAUGUAACUCCAUUAAAUUGAAGUCUGGAGGUGAGUUUUAUUUCAUUAUAAUCUAAUUUAUUGGAGGCCUCGAGGCAGACUUAUAAACUAUCAUUAGGAGCAGGGUAAAAAUGUAAAAGGUAAAAUUUAGGAGGGGUAUAUUUUUAAAGAAAUUAGUUUCUCAUCAUAUAUCUAAUUACGGGAUAAUUGUAUUAAUAUAUUUUUGAAAUUUAUAUAUUUAAUUCAUUUUUGGAUUA